AUGGAUGUCGUCGGGGAGCAAUCGUCUAGAAGGUCCUCACACGCGGCGAACAAGGAGAGGCGACCUGCGCGAAAAUCUUCGGUUUCGCUGAACGCGUGUUACCUGCUGCGGAGCCUGAACCCCCAGGCGCGCGGAGCCACUUACAUCGGCUUCACAGUGGACCCGGUGCGGCGGCUGCGGCAGCACAACGGGCGCGUGGUGAGCGGCGCGCACAAGACGCGCCGGCACCGCCCCUGGGAGAUGCUGCUGCUGCUGCACGGCUUCCCCUCGCGCUCCGCCGCGCUGCAGUUUGAGUGGGCGUGGCAGCACCCGCUGCGGUCGCUGCACGUGAGGGGCGUGGCGGCACAGCACAGCAGGCGGCAGCUGGUGGGAUCUGCGGGCAAGCUCAGGCUCAUGCUGCACAUGCUGCAGCUGCCGCUGUGGUGCAGCCUCCCCCUCGUCCUGCAGUUUCUCUCCCCCGACCAUGUCCCCCGCAGCUGGCCUCCCCCUUGCCUGCCCCCCCAAAUGCGCCUGGUUAUUGCGCCCCUGACUGCCCUUGGGACGCGGGGGGCGGGGGAGGAUGGUGGCCCGGAGGCAGGGGGAGAAGAGGGUGGGGGUGUUGAAGCGUUGGGCGAGGGGGGGUGUGGUGUGGGAGAGGAGGGUAUACAAGGGGCGUGGGAAGGGGGAAUGGAAGAGCAGAGGGGGCGGGAGGCGGAACGAGAGACAAGGGCAGGAGGAGGAGGGGGAGGGGAUGGGGGUGUUGGGAGCGGUGGUGAUGGUGGUAACUGUGGGGGUGUCGACUGGGGGUUCGAGUGGGGGGACUCGGGGGUGCUGGGGGAUUCCGACUGUGGGGACAUGGAAGAGGGGGUGGAGAGCAGAGGAGAGGGGGAAAGGGAGUGUGACGAGGCUUGGGGGACGGGAUGGAGUGGGGUGGACAGGUGGGGGGAGGAAGCAGGGGCAAGUGGGAGCAAGAGUGCGGAUAGGAGUGGGAGAGGAGACGAAUUGGAAGCGGGGUGGAUGGGGAGAGGGGAUGAGGGGACGGCAGGCUGUGGGGUGUGGGGAGGGCGUGCAGGGGCGCAUGGGGGACAUGGGGAUGUGGGAAGGGAGACGCAAGGGGGAGGGGGGAUGGAAGGGGUCUGGGUGAAACGCGCUGGUGGUAGUAACAGUGCCUGCAGCACACAUGCUGCUUCUCUUGCUGCUGCUGCUGCUGCUGCUGCUGCUGCUGCUGCCGAACGUGCUGGUGUUUCUGGGUGUGGUGCUUGCACAGAGGGUGCAGAGUGUGUGCAUGGAGGUGGUGAGAAGAGAGGGACAAGAGAAGGUGCGUGGUGUGGCGGCAUUGGUAGGCAGAGUCAGGAGGGGUUGUGUGAAGAGUGGUGUGAGAAGGGUAGAGGCAGUGGCAGUGGUGCAAGGCAAGGAGGAGUACUGGCAGGGGCAGCCAGGGCAGCAGGGGCACUCACAACAGUAGCAACAACCUGGGACACAGGGGCAGGUAGGACAGAAGGCAUGGGAUUGCGUGGUGGUGGCACCAGCAACAGCACCAAGCACAGUUGUGGCAGUAGCACCGGCAAUGGCAGGUGGAGCAGUGGUUUGUCAGCGGUUGAGAACUAUUCCACGGUGGUGCAGGGGAGGGAGCGGGAGGAGGGCGACAGUGACAAGCGGGGGGGGAGAGGCGUGGAGGGGACACGGAGCGACGUGCAUGUGUUGAUAGACCUCACAGGGGACGACGGCCAUGGCAGGCAAGGCAGCCACGAGAGCCAAGACGAGAGGGGGCAGCGGCGACGGGAGAGAGAGAACGGAGUGGUGGGGGGGGGUGGAGCGGUCUCCUGCCGGCGUCCUUCUCCUCCUCCUUGCAGUGCCGUGUUGUGCGGUUCAUGGGAGGCCCCCGCUUUGCAAGAUUCGACGUUGUCGCCUGUGUGGUUUUCCUCUCGUGACUUGUCGUUGCGGGGGCAAUCAGCCACUGCCGGUGGUUGUGUGCAGGCAGUGCGAGCGGGACAAGCAGUGUGGCAGCAAGCACGGAAGCAAGGGCAGGUGCGGCAAUGUCCGUCCAUGCCCAGUGCUGUGGUGCCGCUGCAUGGGAGCCAUGUGGGUGGAGCGAUGGAGGAGGGGGGGUAUGGGGAGGAGGAUGAUGGUGAGUGCGUACGGACUGUGGAGCUGAAGACAGGGAGCAGCGAUGGAAGGGACAUUGACGGGAAAGCAAGGGGGGCAAGAUGUGAGGUGUCGUUUCAGGGGGGAGGGGUGUAUAAGGGAAGACGUUAUCCUUACAUUUGCUUGGACUCACCCGACAGAAGUGAGGAUUCCGGGUUGGAAACAGGAGGGGGGCGUAGGUGUGGAAAUGAAGGGGCAGUGGUGGGAGGUAGAGCAGGGGACGUGCGGCAUGUGCUAGGAGAGAUCACAGGUUGCUAUAACCGGAGGGGUAAGCGGGCAAGCGUUGCAGGAUGUGCUGAAGCCUCGGAUCCUGCACGUGUUAUCUGCUUGUUGACGCCUUGA